AUGGAAUCACCAGAGAAACUGAAGGCAGCAUCGGCUUCCUGCGGAGGCGGAGGUCGAGGAGACACCCGGACACGACCAGCUGCAGCAGCAGCAGCAGCAGCAUGGAGAUGUUUGCUGCUGCGGCUGCAGCUGCUGAAAGGCUUUUGGCGCCUUCCGCUGGCUUUGAUAGACAAAGAGGCAGCUGGAGAUGCAGCAAGAGGCGAGCAGAUAUCACAAGCCUGUUGCUGCUGCUGCUGCUGCUGCUGCGUGAACAAGAGCAGCUGCAGCAACUACUCCAGAAGCAGCGCCAGCAGCAGCAGCAGCAGCCACGGUGGCAACAGUCGCGGCAGGACAAAGAGCAGCAGCAGCACCGGUAGCAGCAAAAGAGGCAACGGCAUUGGAAACAGAACUGAGGCAACUGCCUCAGCAGAAGCUACAAUGCAUAUGCAAUUCUUUCGUUACGGCGGUUCCCUGUAUGCUAAGCACGUGGCGUAUGCCGCUGUGAAGUUGCACGAUAUGCUGUUAACAACAAUGAGACAAAAGUUCGACGGUGAGGGCAUAGCUUUCAGCUUGUAUCCAACUUUUGACACUACGCGGCUACAUAGAUUUCGUAGCCGUGUCAUGCUGGCAGACAACAAGUAUGCACAGAACACAUCCAGUGCUGAUGCACCUACAGAGCAGGCGAACAGAAGGCAAAGCAAACAAACGAAAACAUCGCUUGCCUAA